AUGAGAGGGAACCAAAUUCUUUUCUCUCAUGAUUCUGUUGAGAAGGUCAGUCAUGUUUUGGUUUCUAAGGAGGAUUUUGACGAUAUUACGAAGGUUCACUUCUACAAUGAGAAAGGCAGAGACAAUGCGUUGGCUUGGAAAACUUACGGAACAUCCAAGCUAUACGAUUGUAGCAGCGUACUGCAACAAUUGUUUGCAGUCCUUGGCCGGUUGAGUCCAUACUAUAGCCAUAUCAGACAGGAUUCAAUUGAUAACUUGGUUGAAAAAGUUGAGCAGAGUGUCAGGGAGAAGAAGGACAAUGCAAUAUUCAUCAGUGACAAGCAGAGUCUUCUGCAUGAAAAACGUCUUGGCUCUGAUGUUGGUGGUGUCCAUCAGGUGGACUCCAUGUCAGAUAAUUACCAUGAUUACUUUGGAGGAGCAUCGACAUCACAAAUUGAGGGUUCCAGCCAUCCAAGUAGCAAUGAGGAUCUCCCUCUUAAGACGCAUUAUGUCAGCAAGUUGAGAAUGAUGCUAUUCAAAACAUGA